AUGAUUUUAAUUGAAUACAAAAAGCCAAAUAACGCUUUAACUCUUUUCAUUUACUUGCCCACCCUGGACAUACAUAUAUGGACAGCGAGAGAAAGAAGGAAGAAGAUGAGGAACAUGUUCUCUAAUCUUCAUGCUUUGCUCCCUCAUCUCCCUCCCAAGGUAGACAAGUCCACAAUUGUGGAUGAAGCAGUGACCCACAUAAAAUCCCUACAACAAACUCUCCAAAAGCUCCAAAGGCAGAAGCUGGAAAGGCUCCAUGGCUUGACACCCAUGAACUUCGAUGGUCAAUCGUCCAUAAUCACCCCACAAAAGCUUCCCAUGGACUUGAGGGAGGCUUUCAUGGCCGAUCAAGUUUCUUCAAACAAUACAAACUCAAACUCAUCCAAUGCACUGCCAGUGUCUCUCUCUCGGUUCCCUCCUCUAUUCCAGACUUGGACUUCUCCAAAUGUGAUCUUGAAUGUGUGCGGUGAUCAUGCACAGAAUAGCGUGUGCUCGAUGAAGAAGGCUGGACUUUUCACUGCUAUCUGCUAUGUGUUGGAGAAGCACAAGCUGGAUGUUGUGUCUGCUCGUGUUUCAUCGGAUCAGAAUCGGACCAUGUACAUGAUUCAAGCCCAUGUAAGUCUCCUCUAA